GUAGUAAUGUCGUUCCAUGUUCCAAGUUACAUUUCAACAUUUUUUUUUGAAUAGGCCUUUAUGAGGCGAAAAAUCUACUGUACUGAACUCAGAUAUGGACACUGAAGACCUUCAACUGUUUCUUCAAGAAUGGAAGGACGAACUGAAGGUAAAGACCGCUACUAACGCACAAAAACGUAGUCUAGGUGACAGGGACAAACUGGGAAAAUAUCAACACUCUCCUGAAAAAAGAACUUUCUGGGAGUUGCGUUGCUUUGAAGAGGAAGUGACACAGCUGAACGCCGACUCGGUCGAUCCACUGGAAUUUUUAAACCAAAAGUCUGGAAAAUUCGGGACAUCGCAUCAGAUUCCGGAGAGCAAAUCAAUCACAAAUGCCAAGGAGAGUUAUGAUACUAUAUUGUUUAGCUUACCGUUGCCUUCAGACGAAAAUGUACAAAGUACUUUUUCUCCAGGCUGUAAACUCCCUAGUGGACAAUCAAAUUAUAUUAAUAACAGGACAAAGAGCCUUGUUGAUCAGCUGAUCGAAGACAUAGAUGAAGUAACAAGUAUUCCCUUCUUUGAUUUGAGUUUACCUAGAGAGGUAGGGAUACAAAUAUUCUCUCACCUCGACUUUAAAGACCUAUGUGCUUGUGCUCAAGUGAGCAAGUCCUGGAAAAUUUUAGCAGAAGAUGAAUUGUUAUGGUAUCACGUAGGGUGUCAGUUAGGGUAUGUUAGAAGAAGGAACUGUUCAGUUGUGGAUCAAGAAAAUUGGAAGGCCAUUGUUCAACAUAGCAUGUUAGAAGAGCGGAGCUUAAGAAGGAAUUGGAAAGAGAGGAUAUGCAAAGUAUCUGGUUUGGAAUUUGAACGAGGUAAAAUGCAUCCUAGAUUUGUUGAUAUGACAGUGAAUUAAAAAUAUAAGAUAGGCACAGUAGCCCCAGCAAGGUAUUGGGGAGGGAAGUAAGCAACCACACAAAAUGCCUGGAAACUCUCCAAGUCAAAGGCCACAGUACCAGUGGGGCUACCCUGCAAGCAGAGGCCCUUCAAUCUUCCCAGGUAAGUCCCUUCCUCUUCCCGACUUAUCUAUGAAGAUCAAAGGGCCUGUGCUUGCAGGGUACAGUGGGGCAGACAUAAUUAAAUACCAGAAAGGCACUAUUAAGCCCAUCCUCUGAAAUAAGCCCCUCUUUUUAUAAUCCCCCUUUUUCAGCAAAAGGAAGUUAUUAACCCCCUCUCUUUUAAACCCCCUAGACUGCAUUCAUUAAUCAUUACUGUAAUGCUGCAUGUGGACUGAUCUGGUAUGGUUUAUUCAAAUGCUGAAAGUUCCCAUUUGUGUUUGAUCUUUGGCUGCUUGAUCUCCAACUUCAUGUGUUAAAUUAAAUAAGCCCCCCCACACCUCAGACAUGCUUGAAAUAAAUAGGCACCCCAGGGGGCUUAAUACAGGAGUUGCACUAGUUUUGCUAUAUCCUUUGACCAGGCGAUGGGAUUUCUAACACACUAGAGUUCAAAAGGCUUCAGUUAUUCCAGAGCUGGAAAAAAUUAUGGCUUAGGACUGACUCAAUACUGAUGUAAGCCUACACCAAGCACUUGGCAUUUUGGGUGGUUGGACUGCAUUUUGCAUUCAACCAGGGUGAAAUAACUGCUUUUAAUAUUGCUGACUUAUGCAUCAGUCAAUUCCAUCUGCGCCCAGGCCCCCCCGGGCUACUGCGGGGCAUUUACACGCCUUGUCAGUCCCGGGGGUGGGGCAUUUGCGAAUUUUGCACUGCCCGGGGGCCGGGCAUUCGCCAACCCCGGGGCCAUUUUCGAGGUUUUCACACGCACGCGGUGUCCUAUCAGAAUAUAACUACACAGAAGGUUUUACUGGAAAAAAAGCAGAUUGGCUCAUUCGUCAAGGACAGGAAUAAAUUGAAGAGGGUUGUAAAGGCAUGUUCGCGAUUUUAUGCACGCGUUUCUUCAUUGCAUAUCAAGCCAGAAUUACAUAGCGAAAUUGGAGCUAUCGAUGUGAAUCAACAUUUUUUGGUCAUUGAAUCAAAUUUCUGUUCAUAUUAUUUGAAGAAUAAAUCCUUUCACAUUUAUGAAACUAUUCAUAACAUAUAACUUUACAGCGCUCUAUUAAUUUUUAAUGUCAAUAAUUUUAUAUCAAUACUAAAAUCAUACACUGGUGCAUGUCGUCGCCGCUUGAAGUCUUAGUUAGAAUCCUAGCGCUAUUACAAAGGAAGACAUUAAAUGAAACAAAAGGUCGCACAUUAAAAUGCUUAAAAUGGCACUAUUCGACUGUGGGAUCACAAUGAAAAAUGUCGCAGCGUUGACGGAGGACGGGGCAUUUGCCCUCUUUUUUCGUCCCCACCCGGGGGGAUUUGACAGCUCAGGAGUCCCCACCCCCGGGAAUUUGCCAUCCAAGGCAAAAAAAUUGCUAAUGCCCGGGGGUCAGCCUGGGGGGGGGUGCUGGGCACAGGUGGAAUUGACUGGUGCAUUAGAAAUAUCUUCCUCCUUAAUGCUGUUUUUAUUGGGCCAUCCCUUUAACCCAAAUGACUAUCGUAAACUAUCAGAUCAAGUGAGCCCCUUACUUAGGUCAUAACUUUCAGAUCAAUUUAGGUUUCUUGGAAACUGCCCACCUACCCCUCCCCUAAGCCAACAUGAACACUUAGAUCUCACUUAGGAAAAAUUAGAUCCUAACUUUCUUGGUAAAGAUACUUUUGAAUACAUUCUUCAACAAUCUGCAUAGCUGCUGUGGUUAAACUUUACCCUUGGUUUAAAUUUUACUUUCCUUUGUUUUGGGUUAUGGUAAUGUUUGAAACAAAGGAAAAUAAAUUUUAAACCAAGGAUAAUAUUGAGCCACAACAUAGCCUAGGACUAGGACUUGUAUAUGUACAGCUCUCAGACCCUGUUAUUAGGAUCAAAUUCCUGCAAGGGACUUGGCCUUAAAACAGCAACACAAGAAUGAGACAAGAUUGGUUGAAAUUGUGACAGUAACAACUCGGAUGUGAUUAAACAACUGGUUUUAAAAUGCAGACAUUGGACACUCACUCCUAAGAGAUAUUCAUCUGUGGCUGAGAAAUGUUUCAGCAAGAGUCAUGGUAAUUAUGAGAGAAUUUCAGCAUUUUUAAACACAUAAUAUCUUAUUCACUUUGAAGGUGGAAGCUUAUGUGCAGUGUCUAUUCAUCAAGAUUUGAUAUGUUCAGGUUACUCUAGUGGAGCUGUUGUUGUAUGGGAGACAGGAGACAGGGACAAUAACAUAAGCUACAGGGAACUUAUGACUCCUGAUUCACAAGGGAUCAAACCACAUGUUACAUCUACAGCUGUUAACAGCACUUUGUGCACUGCUGGAUUUAACAAUGGUAAUAGCCAAGCUGUAAAAAUAGAUAUCAAGAUGCUAAGCAGGCCAAAUUACAAGUAAUACAAAUGCAGAAUAUACAAAUACUAUUUCUCUCUUUCAUGUGACUGCAGUUUAUGUUGGAAGCUCCCUGACGGUGCACAAUCUUUUGUUUCCUGUUUGAAAAUUGUGACCAAAUAAAUUAAUGGUAUGUUUUAUUGGUCAACAAGAUCAAAAUGUUAGGAAUGCUAUUGAAUGGUGUGCACUGUCAAGUCUAUAAAAAUAUAUAACAAAGGAGUCUGUCAGUUUUCAUAACCAUUACACUCUGUUAACUAUGUACUGUACUAUCACUAUCCAUACUGGGGCUCUAACUGACUGUUGAUAGUCAUUAUUUUCAUUUUUGAUGAUUGUAGGUGAUGUUUACACAUGGCACUCAAACCUGAGUUCAUUACCAUUGUGUCACUGUCAUUGUGAAGGAUCUGUAAAAAGUGUUUCUCUAACAAGUGAUCCCCCAGCAUUUCUAGCCAUAUCAGAUCAUGAACUCAAGGUUCAAAUGAGUGACCCUAAUGGACAGUGGACUUGUAUUGAAUCCAAGAAUUUUGAAGAUAAGGUAAGUUAACAAUCUUACAUGAAGCCAUGCAGCUGUUAUAAGGGUUUGCAGCUAUCAGAAUACUUUUCAAAUUAUUAUUAAAUUAUUAAAUAAAAAUAUAUUAUUUUUAUUUCUUAUUAUUUAUUAUAUCUAUACAGGAUUUACACCUUCAGCAAAAGUGAUAUCAAUAGGGUCAUGAAAAAUUAAAAUUCUAUAUUUAAUAAUAUGACAAAAUGUGACAAUUAAAGACUUGUGAAGUGAAUAAAUUAUACGGGAAAAUUGCAAAUUAAUAGUCCUCCACAUCUCUUUGAAUAAAAUUAUUAUGAGGUAAAGGCUGCAUAAGAGAUUACCUAUUUGAUUAAGUGGACACUCUCCACACACCACUGAGUAGAAUCUGUUUAUCACAAAAUUAACUUCUGCCAAAUACAGUAAGAUUAUGUAUAAUUACAGAAAAUAUGCAAAAGAGAAAAAGAUUGAGAAUUUUUUGUAACUCUGUUUGUCCCUUCAAUGUGGGAUCUACUCUCUACUGGUUUGAAUUACUAAAGCUUCGAAACAAGCCUUUACAUUGGAGGUUAAAACAGCAGAAAAAUUGGAACUGAAUUUUAGACCAGGAAUAUAAUUUAUUCACAGAUCAGUCAUGCCAUGUUUAUUCCUGGCAGCAGCUCAUAUUCAUCAACUGAACAUGUUGCCAUAGCAACUCAGGAUACUGUGUCAGUGCUUACACCAGGCAAAGGUGUUCUUUUGACGUUAGAUCAAGUGAUUGGUGGAAAACUGAGCUGUAUGGACUGCACUGCUGACCACCUCGCACUUGGAGUGGGCUCAUUUGGAUAUGGAACACUUGGAAACAAGGUAUCUGACUCAAACUUCCUAAUAAAGACACCAAAGGAACAGAGCAAAGUGUCCACUUUACAUUGGUGUCCACAUUAUAAAGGUUGGGCAUUUCCCAGUUAGUCCCAAAGAUGGUAAACUUCAUACAAACUCUAGCCCUCAUAGCAGGCAGGUUUUUUGGUGUGUCUUGUUUGUGUUUCGUAAAGUAUACAUAAGGGAUACAGCCACACAAAGGCUGAACCAAGGUCAAACAAGAAAACCUGUACACUUUUUGGAAAACACACCAUAAAAAGGACACCCACUACGCAGGCUAUAAUUCCUGCCUCUCUAUUGCGGACACAUCUGUAAGGUAGAAACUUGGCUCUGUCAUUUUGAUGUAUAUUUUACGGAGGUUUUUUAAUAGUUUAUUGAACAUUAAAAAAAUACUGACUGUCAUCAAAUUAAGACCAUAGAAAAUAAAUUUAAACAUCCAGUUAGAAGUGAAAGGGAGAUGUUACUGGAUAACCCCCUUUUAAAAAAGUAUAAUAGCGGUCAUCUCUCCCCCUUCACCCAUUUCUAAGUUGACAUAUUACAAACCAAGGGCACUUCAGUAAACUAUUUUUACGGCUAUGGUUAGCCUGUAUAACAAGCGCUCUAUGAGCCAAGCGAGGCUAACGCAGCAUUUUUUGCGAAGCGUGAGACGAGAGGAGGAGAAAAAUAAAAAGGUUGGCCAAAAACCUCAGUUAAGGUUUUUGGAGGCUUAUCAAAAUUUCACGGGAAGUAUCUUACUUUAAAGCCAAAAUGUUGAUGUUAUAGUAUUCUGCGUCCUAUAGUUUUGUUCAAAAUUUAAGACAGGGGUAUCGCGCGCCGGCUUGUCUCAUCUCUCGCCCGCGUUGCAAACCAUCUACCAGGCUACGCACUUGUUUGUGUGCCAAAAAAAUUCACAUCAUAGACAAGCCGUAGAAAGAUAAAUUACGUGUUGAAGAUGUUGAAAAAAGGAAAUUAUUCGCUUGAUCGUGCGCACCUGCUUUCACACGAUUGUUACCUUUAAAACAUUGCGACCCACUAGGUACCGUUACGUUUAGCAAGAGUUGGACUAGAUCAGAGACUAGCUCAGCCUGGCACUAGCUCAAGCUGAGUAAAGGGGAGACUGCUAAAAAACAGGCCUUUCUUACCCGGCUUUAAACAAAGGCAACUGCAUUUAGCAUCUGUAUUCAUAAAGUUGCACCUUAUAAGAAUCGAACGUCAUUUCCUUCAGUUGAAAUCCAGCAAAACUAAAGCCUGCGCGUUAAGCGAGGAUGUUAGUUUUUAAUCCUGACAACAAGAAUAAAAUGAGGAAACGGGAAGAGUUAGACAUAUAACGUAGCUUCCAACUUCCCACCCCACUUCCCUGCUAGCAGAGGUCUCUCACGACGAGGCAAAAAUGAGAGAAAGGAGAGAGACUCUCUCUCUCUCCUUUCUCUCAUUUUUGCCUCGUCGUGAGAGACCUCUGCUAGCAGGGAACCACCUCACUCUCUCAAGCAGCAAAUUCACGUGGCGUUGCAGUCAAACCCCGUUUAUGUGGACACUGAGGGGGGGAGGGGGGCAUAGAAAGUGUCCGACGUAUUAACGGGGUGUCCGUAUUAAGAGAGUUGAAUUUAGAGCAAAUGUAAGGGCUUUCUUUCCUCAGGGACAAAGCAAACUGUCCGUAAUAAUGAGGUGUCCUUAUUAAGUGGGUGUCCGGAAGGAGGAGUUUGACUGUAUUUGUUUUCAGGAUUUUACUUUAUACCUUGUGGGUAGCAUUAUGUUCAGACUGAUACGUCUGGGACGAGUUUUUCAGUUUGUCGCAGAAGCGUCAAUCUAAAUGCAGUGACGACGGAUAUUGUAAUAAGAGGGAAAAAGCUGCGUUAAAUGCACAUAGGAAACUGAUAUAAGUUGUCCGCAAAGCGUUAUGAACAUAACUUGUAGUUGUAAUUCUGUAAAAAGGUCACAGUAGAGCCACGCAUUCUAAGGACGGCGGUGCCCCAUAAUGGGAAGUACUUUUCCCCAAAUUAUGACUAUGUGCGUAGAGAAGUAAAUUUACCGAGCUACUGAAAUCUGAAAAGAAAACUGGGAAAAAAGUCGACCUAUGAGCAACUGCUAAAGAAGGCUAAAUAACUGCCCUGUAUAAAAAGACUUUUCACAUGACUAUGGCUGCUCGUAAAAACGAGUACAAAGAGAAAAGCUGAAAUUGGAUCAUUCUUCAUCCCCUUCAUCACUGCCUAGAAAUGGCUUCUCUUGCACCUCAGAUCAUUUUAAAUUCCUGAUUUUUCGUUUGAUCUACAGGUGUAUCUCUACAAUCUAGAAACGUCUAAAAUGCUGUCUAUAUUGGGAGGUCAUUACCGCGAGAUCACGUGUCUAGAUCUGGCCAGUUGCCCGAAACAUCGCCUGGUGACUGGGAGUUAUGAUUGCCGAGUGCGGGUGUUUGACUUGCGUAGUGAGAAGGUCACGCACUCGUUUCAUUUGGGACAUAAACGAUCUGUCACUGCAGUUCAAAUGGACGACUGGAAAGUGGUCAGCGGUGCUGAGGACGGAACACUGAUGGUCUGGGACCAGCGGAUGACGUCACCUUUGUGGAUGACCCGUGCACGACAUCCGGUUAGACUCUGUAAGUUUGAAGGAUCCCGAAUGUUCACUGCUAACAUCCCAUUGGACAAAACAGCUCGUGAGAAUCUUCGGUAUGCGGACGAUUUGAUCCUUCACCGGAGACACCGAGGAAUAAUUCGUCUGUAUGAUUUUUCCGCGAAAAAUUCGACGGAAGGUAUCCCGGAGAUUUGUUCCUCAAGUUAUGACGAUACAACGGGUUACAACUAUAACAUCAAACUGAGUGUCCCUUACGACAGGAUAGAUGACGCGUAGUUGUUUCAGAGAAGGGAAGAUAACGUCUUUCUGUCUGUCUGUGCAAAGCAUCCCACAAAAAAAUAAAGAGUGGUGUUAGGAAUGGGUGGAGUCCAUGCUCACACUACUAUUACACGAGUGCGAGUGAUUAAAGUCUAAGGCUCCGUCCCAACAAACCCGGGCAGGUUGAAACGGUAUAGUUAUUGAUUUCAAAAAUAUCCGAUUUCAAUUAUCUACACGAAUUCGCAAAUCCGUCGGAUAAACAAAACACUCCACUGAGAGAGCGAUUUCAAAAAACAAUACACAGGGCUGUGCUGUAACUGCGCCCGGUACUGGAAGAUCAUAGCAUUUGCAUAAAAAUCAUACACUGGGCACCCUGGACUCGACACAGGCUCAGAGCAUUUGGCUGCAAACAAUUUUUCUUAGAGCGCAGCCUUCAUGUGGUUAUGUGAGAGAAUUCACUGGCUUCGUGCCGCAGAACUCGGUAUGGUUUUCAAGGUCUUUCGCCUUCAAUAAGGUAUACGCUCAAUUUCACAACUAGCUGGGUGUCUGUGCGGAGUUUAUUUGCCAAACUCAGCUAGACCAAGUGACAAGGUGUUUCUUUUUAGUGUAUUUGUGACAAAGAACGCUCAUUGACGCAGGGAAAUUAAAAGUAGAAAUAUGUUUUGGAAGUUAAUGGCUCCUUAGUUAAUCCAAAG